GGUGGAGCACUGAAGAAAAACGCAGCCAUGUUGUUCUUGCUUCUCUUGGCAGCUGCUUGUGCAGCCUCAGGGAGCCCACAUAUGCAUGUUCCUCACUGUAAGAAAGGUGGAUGGCUAGAGUGUGUGCCUUGUACAGACAAGCCGGGAAUUUCUACGAUCAAAAUACGUGAAGCUGUAUGCGUCUUGUGUAAAGUCUUGAAUGGGGAUGUUGCCUCUGUAAGUCCUUUCCCCUUUCUUGCUUCAGCCAAUAAAGUGGCAAUAAGAGGGUAUCCCUUCCAUGUCCUGUCGGCCAGGAAACUGGCACCGCUCGAGCAUUCGAAGGUCCACAUUUUGGCUCUGAUAGACGCAAAGAUCACUGAUGUGGAGAAUAACACCUUCGCUGGGUUUUCCAGUCUGGAGAAACUGUCCUUAGAUUCUAACAGGUUAACAAGUGUCAAUCAAACCUGGUUCACUGGCUUGGAGAAUCUCUUGAUGUUGAUUUUGUCCAACAACAGCAUCAGGCAGAUAGAACCUGGGAGCUUCGCGGACUUCACCCGCCUACAGGUGUUGGAUCUAGAGAACAACCUGUUACAGGCUGUAGACCCUUCCUGGCGCAUUCGACUGAAAGUUGGUGUGAUCACGAUGAUUCUGAGAUCGAAUGCAAUCACUACCAUUUCCCCAGGGGCAUUCCAACACAUACAUCUGACCUCUUUAGACCUGGGGGAUAAUGACCUGUCAUGUUUGGAUGAAGAUGUGUUCCGGGGACAGUCUUCGCUAAAACAGCUCCAUGUCAGCAGUGGUAUGUUGUCGUCUGUCCAUGAUGCAACGCCACAUAAAAUGACGUGGAGCUUACAUCGGUUAGCCAAUGUUUUCAGAGGGUCUGUAACAAUGGUCGUUGUCGUGCCCAAGUUCCUCUUCUGUGUCAGACACAAUACUAAUGGAGUGUCCUUUGGUUGGAUGUUUGAUUCGUCGGACAAUGUGGCUGGUAACACCGAAUUUGGAGCGGUCAAUCCCGGCAUGUCAUGUGGUGAUUUGGACAGUUCUCUGAGGACGAUCUCCAUUAAGGCUCCUGUAGUUGUCCUGGCUACUGACGGCACAGAAAAAAUGGAUCCCAACACGCUAGAGCAAUGCAGGCAGGUUUGGGAAUACGGUGGGGGCGUCGCAGUGAACCUAGACCUGAUGGGAAACUCACUCUUCCGACUGGUUUCCAUGGCAACAGAGAGUACAGGCUUUGAAGGUGUUGCCAUGUCGCUUGUUCAGACACAAGACACGAACACACGCACCACCACAGAGUCUGACACGUACACCAUCCACACAAACGCCACCAACGACAACACAAGGAACAUCAGCUGCAUCCGCAUCACCAGAGGUGAACACACAAAGUUGUUCUUCACCGUUCCCCCGGUCCAGCGUCACACACACACAACACAGGCCUCUUACAGAACCGGUACUACCAUCUCCGGUAGCCCCACACACUACUCUGAAACUACAGAGAAAGACCACACAUCUCCAGAACAGAGGAACUACAUGUACUCCACACUUCAGGUCAUGAGCACCACACAUGGGCAAGAUCUAGAGGUUCAGGCACCAGGUCAUGUUGUCAUCCCAGUCGUUGUCUCGGCAGUGAUCUUUCUAGUCCUGCCGCCCCUUGUAGUGUUGGUGUGGAAGGUUUGCGCAGCAAGGUUAAAAGCUGAGGAUGACAGGACCAGCGACGAUGCGCACAUUUGGACCAUCCCGUCUUGCGUUACUUUCCCCGGCUUGCUGAGGUCCGCUUCCCUCCCUGCGUGUUCAGGUAAAAAGAUGGCGUCGGAUGACACAGGCUCCUGUAGGUCAUUGCCGGCUGUUCUACAGUCCAUCGAACUCACCUACAGUCAGAUCCCAGAUCACUUGGCGGUUGCGCAGCGCCCCCUGCCUGCCCUCCCGAGCACAUGCUGGGAGAUCCCAAAUCACGGAACUGCUGCACAACACCCCCUGCCCGUCUCACACCAUACCUACAUUGAGACCCCAGAUGAUGAGAGCGGACCUAUGCCUCUCUAUGCUGAUGCAGAGUUUUCGCUUCAUGUCAUCACAAACAGGCGGGACAAUGGCACUACUUCCAGCAGGUGUCGGUCUGGACGAGCCAUUGCCACAUAUGGAUCCACUGGACAGACCGAAGGCCAGCGUAAUCCUUUCUACAGAAACGCCUCCGGGGUCGCAGAUAUCAGGACCCGAAGAGAGUUUAGGGCAGCUUUGGUAUCCCAGCCUGCUCUCCGGGGUGUGAGUCACUACGCCAAGGUCACAGGUGCAAUCCUCUACUGUAACACACCACAGCGUGCGUCCCUCCCCACCGUCACACCACCUAACACCUACUGGCCAUGGGAGAUCCCAGGGGAGGGAACAUAUAACACACCACGGCGUGCUUCCCUCCCCACCGUCACACUACCUAACACCUACUGGCCAUGGGAGAUCCCAGGGGAGGGGAUACGGAACACACCAUAG